AUGGACUCUGCAGCGACGCUCGUCAACCCCACUCCGCCUACACCCUACUUCAUGACCAGCACUAAUCUAAAGAACGCCAUAUUUUACGCGCAACCUGGUAUCCCACUGUACACGAUCACCAACGAUGGGAAACAGACAAUAGUCAACGACCGUCGUACUCCUGGUCGGAUUGUUGCCAUUUUCCAUCAGCGAGAAUUUCUCCCAAAUACUAUUUCAUUUCCAGAACGGAAUGGUAGCGCAUCCAUCAGCGUGCAAAAAUGGCUCCGAAAAACCAAGCUUGCAGACGGAACAACUGCUUUUGUCAUGGGGACCGAUUACGGGCCAUGCGUGUGGAAGAUGAUCUCAAGCCAUCGUCAAAAGGUUUACGCUCAAUGUGACUUGGACAGGCCAAUAGCAUCAUGUUCAUUCCAUACCACGGUGUCAAACGGAAAGCCUGCAUUUUCACUGGAAUACGAUGCAGAGCCUUUGCGUGAAGAUAUUCUGGUGGCUUAUCUGCUCCAGAAACAACGAGUAACGUCAGAGGACAGGCUUAUCGAUGUCUUUGUAGGAUCUCCAGCAGGGUAG